CUGGGCGUGAGAAUACUUUGUGAAUGCAGAUUCGUUUAUUUCUUGGAUUUUCGUAGCUGCCAAAUUUGAGGGACCGCCCCCCUCCCUCAGCCAUAAAUUAUUUUGGAGUUUUACUUUUAGUUGAACUUGCGUUUCCGUGAACAACAAUGUUCGAGGACCUCUCUCUCGUCUCUGUGAUGUCCCUUCUGGCGACUGUCUGUACAGUUGGGCAGUUUCUCACAGGAUCGGUUAUUGCUUCAAAGAUCACCCAACAGGGAUCGACUGCAGGAGUCACAGUCUACCCAUUCCUCACUACACUGAUCAACUGCACAUUCUGGCUGAAGUAUGGAGUCUUGGUUCAAGACAAAACACUUGUGGUGGUCAACUCUAUAGGAGCUCUCCUACAGACUAGCUACUUGGUGGUUUACUAUGUCUACACUAAACAAAAGAACACCCUCCAUAACCAGCUGUUAGCGGGAGGAGCGGUGUUGUUUCCCGUCCUGAUCUAUGUGAAGUUCUUCUCACCAGACGACUCCGUGGCAGCCUUCCACCUGGGUCUCAUGGCCUCGGGCUGUGCUGUUCUCAUGUACGGGUCACCGCUGGCUACCAUGGCUGAAGUCCUGAAGACCAGAUGCACAGAGACCAUGACUCCUGCCUUAUCUGUGGCCAACUUUGUGGUGUCUUCAGAGUGGUACAUCUAUGGCAGACUGGUCAAUGACUUGUUCAUACAGGUUCCUAACCUACUCGGUGCUCUACUGGGACUGAUACAGCUCGCUCUACUUGUGUGUUACCCACGGACACCAAAAGCUGCCAACGCAAAUCACGCGUAGCACCGUCAUUCCUUCAGGUCUAAAUCUUAUUCUUCAAACAGCUGUUAAAUCCUAGGCUCUCCAAAAAGGCUAUGACAGAGUUGAAUGCCAGAAAGGAACUAUGGCAACCUUUUCUGUUGCAAAACAUCCAAAAUUUUAGUUGUCAUAAACCUAUUGUUGUAGAGCUGUCUCCAGGGCUUGUUCCUCUGGACAGAAAUUUGCUUCUUUGCAUGAAUGAAAUUGCAAUUUGUCCGUCCCAAAUAUUUUAACUUCAUGACAUAGAAUUGAUGAAAAUGUAUUUUUGUGAGCUAAAAAUGACAGAAAAAUAAAUGAAGUGGGCUCCCCAACAAUGAGUGGGACAUAAGAAUUUAAAGCUGGUGAUAGCUCUGUACAAAUGUGACAAGGCCCUCACCAGGCACUGUUAAGAUACAAGAAUUACAUUUUCAUGCUAUUUUAAGGGGAAUUCUACUCCAAAAGGGAGUGUUAGCUGAGGUUGUAAGGUUUUCAUUCUAAAUUGCACAAGAAAAAUUGAUAUUUUCUUUAAAGGUUGAAGGUGGCAUUCAGAGAAAAAUAUUCAUUAUGAAUCUAAGGCAUAGUCAAAAUUGUUCAGUACAAUGCAGUAUGAGUGAAGGAGAAAAAUGUCCUGACCACCCCCAUCUUAAUUACUUUCAAAAUGGUCUAGUCAGGGAGAACCUCAUUUUGGUCUAGUGCAGAAGUCAGCAAUUGCACAUGAUUAUUAUAUGGAAUUUAUUGGAUGUUUGGAAAUCGUGAUCUGUUACUUAGCUUUAGAUGACAUAACGUUUAAGCCUUCUAUCUGGCUGAAGUAUAGAAAGCUUUUUAUGCACUUGUUCAGUUCAGUUCAGUUUGUCCUCAUAGUACGACGUGCCACGAAUUUGUAACCUAAAAUAAGUCCACAUUUUAUGUAGGUUCUGGAUCUUCCAUGUCAUUUGUAUAUUACAGAAUCUGUAUCAUACAUGUAUAUCCGCAUUGUAUCUUGUAUGCUUUGCCUUUUGAAAUAUGAUAAUACUUGUAGAUUUUGAUGGAGAAGAUUAGAACUGAUCAGCAUUUUCGUUUGGAUAUAAAACUGCAUUUUUUCUCAAAUUCAUGUACACGUUUGCACUAUAGAUUGUGUUAAGAGACAAUUCAGAAAUAUUACAGAAAUUUCCUCCAAUGUUAUCUUAUUAUUAUCAUACUUGUAAAUCAUAUACUUUGCCAUUGUCAUUGAUGCAAUCAUUAGAUGAUAUGUGUAAUAUUGAAAUGAUUGGUUGCUUGUAAGUCAGAUAUUUGUUCAAAUUUAAAGUUAUGAAUGCACCUUUUAACUGUAAUACUCAAGUUAAUAAAGCACAGACGGCAAAGUGCACUUAUGUAUAACAGAGA